ACGUCUUAACGUCCUGUGGGUCGUGUGCGUACGGAGGGAGGUAACGUAAGGGCGCUCGGCGAGCCCGUCUCUCCUCGAAUGAAAGGAAACAACCUCCGGCGACAGAGCCCCGCUCUUCGGCAGUGCCGGAGAACCGACGCCCGCCUUCCUCGUCUCCCCUCGUGGGCGCUGUUCUCCCGUCGCCCGCCCGUGGGCCACGCUGCAUUUCUUGAGGCUUAAAGUGACAUUCUAUAAGCAGUUUAAAAAUCAUGUCAAGCUCAAUUGAACAGAAAAAAGGGUCUACAAGACAGCGCAAAUGUGGCUUUUGUAAGUCAAAUAGAGACAAGGAGUGUGGACAGUUACUGAUAUCUGAAAACCAGAAGGUGGCAGCACACCAUAAAUGCAUGCUUUUUUCGUCGGCCUUGGUGUCAUCACAUUCCGAUAAUGAGAGUCUUGGUGGAUUUUCUAUUGAAGAUGUCCAAAAGGAAAUUAAAAGGGGCACAAAGCUGGUAAAUGGUUCUUUGUGCCAUUGUCCUGGAGCAACAAUUGGCUGUGAUGUGAAAACCUGCCACAGGACAUACCACUACCACUGUGCAUUGCAUGAUAAAGCUCAGAUCCGAGAGAAACCUUCACAAGGCAUUUACAUGGUUUAUUGUCGAAAACACAAGAAAACUGCACAUAACUCUGAAGCUGAUUUAGAAGAAAGUUUUAAUGAGCAUGAACUGGAGCCUUCAUCUCCAAAGACUAAGAAGAAAAGUCGUAAAGGAAGACCAAGGAAAACUAAUUUUAAAGGGCUGCCGGAAGACACCAGAUCUACAUCCUCCCAUGGAACAGACGAAAUGGAAAGUAGUUCCUACCGAGAUAGGUCUCCACACAGGAGCAGUCCUAAUGACACCAGGCCUAAAUGUGGAUUUUGCCAUGUAGGGGAGGAAGAAAAUGAAGCAAGAGGGAAGUUGCAUAUAUUUAAUGCCAAGAAGGCAGCCGCACAUUAUAAGUGCAUGUUGUUCUCUUCUGGGACUGUUCAGCUCACAACAACAUCAAGAGCAGAAUUUGGAGAUUUUGAUAUUAAAACUGUACUUCAGGAGAUUAAGCGAGGAAAAAGGAUGAAAUGUACACUUUGCAGUCAGCCUGGUGCUACUAUUGGAUGUGAAAUAAAAGCCUGUGUUAAAACCUACCAUUACCACUGUGGAGUCCAAGACAAAGCAAAAUACAUUGAAAAUAUGUCACGAGGAAUUUACAAACUGUAUUGUAAAAACCAUAGUGGAAAUGAUGAGCGAGAUGAAGAAGAUGAGGAACGAGAGAGUAAAAGCCGGGGAAGAAUAGCGAUUGAUCAGCAGCUAACCCAGCAGCAGCUCAAUGGGAACUAGGUUCGUGGGACAGAGAGAGUUAGAAAACUGAGAAUAAGACAUCUAUAACUCCUAUGCUUUUUUUUCACUCUUUUCUAAAAUAAAAAGGGUUUGUAACUUUUUACUGCCCAA